AUGGCUCAGUGUAAAAACCUUGUUGUUAGUUUGCUUGAGGAAAGGUAUGCGCAACCAUCCUUUGACUAUAAGAAGCGUCAAAAUGUUAGGAAAAAACUGAAACUGAUACGAAUAACAGGACUUUUCCUGGGAAUUAUGGCCAUUAGCACACUCUCUCUUUCAGUUAGUGCCUUUUUCAAGUUGGAACCUUAUAAUAGAGAAAUGACAAACAAUCUAGGUAGCCAAAAGUCAAUGCAUACAUAUCAAAGAACUCUUUUGAACGUUUGGGACCAGAAUCAAAAUGGUACUCUAGAUCCACCUGUUUUUAUGAAACGUGAUCACAACCGUUCCAAAGGAGAAUAUCCAACAGAUCUUUUUUCUCUUGAAGAAAGAAGAAGGGGUGCUGUACUCCUACAUAUUUGUGGAAUGAUUUACAUGUUCAUAGCCUUAGCCCUUGUCUGUGAUGAGUUCUUUGUUCCUUCAUUGACAGUCAUCACAGAAAAACUGGAGAUUUCCGAUGAUGUGGCUGGGGCAACAUUCAUGGCUGCUGGUGGCUCAGCUCCAGAGCUUUUUACUUCUCUAAUAGGAGUCUUUAUAUCUCACAGCAAUGUUGGCAUUGGGACAAUAGUUGGAUCUGCAGUAUUUAAUAUCCUGUUUGUUAUUGGGAUGUGUGCUUUAUUUUCUAAAGAGGUACUGCACCUUACUUGGUGGCCACUCUUUCGGGAUGUGUCUUUUUAUAUCAUGGACUUGAUAUUGCUAAUCGUCUUCUUUUUGGAUAACUCAAUUAUGUGGUGGGAAAGCUUAACGCUUCUGAGUGCUUAUAUUACCUAUGUGACUUUCAUGAAAUUCAAUGUGCAAGUUGAAGAGCGGGUAAGAUGGCUGCUAACCAGGAACAAAGUGGAGAAAGUAACAGAAACUGAAGGAAAGCUGCCCACAUUUGGGGACAAGGAUGAUCUGACGCUGACGACUAAGCCACGUCUCCAGCGGGGUGGCAGUUCUGCAUCUUUGCACAAUAGUCUAAUGAGGAACAGCAUUUUCCAGCUCAUGAUUCAUACCCUUGACCCACUUGCAGAAGAGCUUGGAUCAUAUGGAAAGCUAAUGUAUUAUGAAACAAUGACUGAAGAAGGAAAGUUCAGAGAAAGGGCAUCCAUUCUUCAUAAGAUGGCCAAAAAGUGUCAGGUGGAGGAUGGUGAAAAACGGAAUGGAAAUGCUAGUCACAUUGGUAGCACGAAAGUUGAAGUUGAAGUGACACCGCCAAAUGAUGCUUCAGAACCAAUGCAAAAUGGGAGCGCCUUUGCAGCAGAUGAGGAAGAACAGGAAGAUGACGAGCCGCUAAGCCUGGCCUGGCCAGAUACCACACGUAAACGGCUCACCUACCUAGCAAUUCUUCCUAUUGUUUUGCCAUUAUGGAUUACCCUACCUGAUGUCAGAAAUGAAAAAUCAAAGAGAUUCUUUCCCGUCACCUUUUUUGGAUCGAUCUCUUGGAUAGCAAUAUUUUCUUAUUUAAUGGUCUGGUGGGCUCAUCAGGUUGGAGAGACUAUUGGCAUCAGUGAAGAAAUCAUGGGCUUGACUAUCUUAGCUGCCGGCACUUCCAUCCCUGACCUAAUUACCAGUGUUAUUGUGGCCCGAAAGGGGCUGGGGGACAUGGCAGUGUCAAGUUCAGUGGGAAGCAACAUCUUUGACAUCACAGUUGGCCUUCCUCUCCCAUGGCUCCUCUUUGCCACGUUUAACAACUUUGUCCCAGUGAAAGUGAGCAGCAAUGGGCUGUUCUGUGCUAUCGUCCUCCUCUUCAUCAUGCUGCUCUUCGUCAUCAUCUCUAUUGCAUUCAGCAAGUGGAAAAUGAACAAAAUCCUGGGUUUCACCAUGUUUGGGCUUUACUUCCUGUUCCUGAUUGUCAGUGUCCUUCUGGAAGACAGGAUCAUCAUGUGCCCUGUGACCAUCUAAUUGGAAGGAGGUGCUGUUCUUGAACAGCAGCAGAAAAAGAACACAUCAACAACCCAAAUCUAGAAAUAAACAAUAAAUACAAUGCAAAGCAGCAGCUUUAGAACCCUCUAAUUUAAAACAGUGGAGAGAAAAGUGACGGGUGUCAGAUAGGGACAAGCUCAACAGAUACGUUCACCACUAGUGAACAAGUAAUUGUCUGUGCAGACUGAGACGAGGGGGGGUGGGAUCCCAGUACUUAUUGUCUGGAGGUAUUGUGCAUGUGUUGUAUAAGAGUAAGCUUUUAUAUAUGCUACACGUACGAUCUGUCUCCAUAUACCUUUCUCUCUUUUAAUGUUAAUGUACCCAUGCCGCACAAAGAGAGAGCAAUAUAUAUAUAUAUAAAAAUAUACAGGAAAAUGAUAAUAUCCAUUUUCUGGAGACACAAAUCCUCCUAGUUGGGAUUUUAUCUGUGACAAACAAUGGAAGGCACGGAUAGCAUUGGCAUGAACUGAAUAACAGAACACUGCAGUGAAUCGGUCAAGGGCAGCUUGGCCGUGAUGUGGACAUCCCACUGGAGGUUUCAAGAAGCACGCAGAAUUUUUUUUAGAACAUGAUGUUGCCGCUUGUUUUGGUUCUUUACAAUGUCAGAGACUGAGAACCAAGGGAGAUGAUAACCAGUAUGGGGCAAUUUUAUUUUUUAAAAAAUAUGUAGCUCAGAUGCUGGCAUGUCUUACAUUUUCAAGAUUUAGGCCCUGUUCCAACUGGUAUGUUCAUCACCACAUUACUGCCAUAUCCAGUGAUGAUAUGCACAAUAGGAAGCCAGUGUCGGUCAAACAUCACAGGCAGAAGUUUCAUGUUGCCUCGGAUAUAGUAUUAUUUUAAUGGAAGGAGUUCAUACUACCUCCAGUCUGAGACUAAACAGGGAACUUGGGGUACUGUUUCUGACCAGAAAUACAAAUCCACACCCCUAGUUCACACAUUCAGCUCUGCGUCAACUGAUGAGUAAUGAUGUACAUGAACAGGCUGACUGAAGAAGGCAUAUGAGAUGAUCACAGGUAAAACUCACACUGAGGAUUUGUAGACUCUGUUGUCAUCUCGACAUUUAAAUAGAGAAAACAGCUAUACGAAAAUACUCUUUUAAAUAGUAUUGCUAUACUGUAAGGGUAUUAAAGUCAUUUUAAGCGAUAUGUCCAUUAGUGCUUUUGCCUUGUAGUAUGAAAAAAGGCUGAAUUGGCUUCUGUGUAGCUUUUAAAGUAGAAUUUCAAAACUAUCAUGUAAAAGCGGCAUGAACAUAGAAGUGGAUACAUUUCAGAAGUAAUUUUCUUUUAUUAUCUUGCAACACAAAGCUUCUGUGUGAUCCCUGGCUUGCUUCCUUUGUUUUGAGAAUAACUUUGGGAAAGAUGAAAUGUGUU